AUGCAAAAAAAUUUUGAAAAGAAAAGUGAACUGGAACCAUUAAGUGAUGAAGCAUUACCAGGUCCAAGUGCAAUUAAACAGUCGCCACGAGGUUCGCGAAGAUCGAUUCAGCGAAGAAAGGAAAUUUUCGGAUGUAGCCCCUCGCAAAAUUUAUUCUUAUCAUAUAUGCGACCGGAUUUGUCAUCUUAUUUAUCACCGCAAUUAUCACCUCCUGAACCGUCUCAUACACGGCAACAUGUUUCGCCUCAACUGACCUCAAGACAAUUUCCAAAAAAGUCUUCGCCUUCCACGCCCAGAACCAUGAAUAUUCUGAGGUAUCUUCAGUACAUUCCUACAGUUCAACAAAUGCCAGUUGAAGAUAUUUUAUGCAUUCCUACUAAUGGCGCUGUUAACGAUCCCGAUGGAGUUUCUCAGACAUUUAUGGCUAGUUCCGAGGCUAGAGAGCCUGAAAAAAGGUUCCCUGGACCAGCAAAAAAAUUAUCACUUCAACUUUUCUCGAAUCCUAAUGUUGUGUAUCUUCCACCUGCACCGCCUUACCUAGAUCGUCCGAGAUCUCGAAGGUACGAGAAAUACAAAGCAAACCAUUCGCACCAGCGAUCAGUUUCUAUUAUGGAGCAUCUUGCAGACAAAAUGACUUCAGCAACGCCCCAGCAAGCAAUCAUGAGAGAAGCACUUUACAAAGCCGCUGAAAAUGACGAAAGAGCACUAAGGGCACCUGAAGUGGCGGAACAAAUCAUCCGAGAAAUAAGGGUUAAGCGAGCAUUAUCCGAGAAUGCAAAUCCGCUUGAUCGUUAUGAUCCUUUAAGAAUUCCAACGAGGUUACGCAAGCAAUGA